CCCCUCGGUACCGCUGGAGUCAGCAGCUGAUUGGACCGCGGGGAGCGGACAGAGGAGGCGGGGUGGGUGCGCUUCCUUGUCGGAGGAAGGCAGGGAGCUUCGGAAAAGGGCGUGAGAGCUCAGCGAGCCGCGACACGCGUGAAGGGAUCGUGUCCGUGGACCGUUUCACCGUGUCAGAGUCUUUGUGACAUCUGGAGAGCGAAGCGUGGAGCGAAGCGUGGAGCUGUCCAGAACCAGCGGGUAAAGUUGCAGCGUCGCUCAGAGUUCAGCGGGGGUCUUUCUGCGUCUCCCGGUCUCCGGCCAGAACCGGACGCAUGGGCUCCAGAACCGGGAGUUCUGAUGGCUGACCUGGAACUGCUUUACUUCGAUGCGAGGGACGCCGGGACCCCCGGAGGCGGCGGCGGGGGGAGGGAGCCCCGGGGAGCCGAGACCGAAACCUGCUUCAGCCGCGAUGAAGAGCAGCAGCGUCUUCAUCCGGAGGGGCGGCUGAUCCGGACGGCUUACGGCGAACUGUGCGAAGAGCAGCAGGGCACGGAGGAAGAGGAGGAGGAGGAGGAAGAAGAGGAGGAAGACGUGACGGAACUUUACCUGCUGUCCGAGGACGAGCUGUCCUCCGAGGGGUCACGGAGGUCGGUGGACUACGGCUUCAUCCUCGCCGUGUCCUGCCUGGUGACCGGCAUCUCCCUGGUGGCCUUCACCUACACCGUCCCCAGGGACGUGCGCGUGGACCCGGACAGCGUGACCGCCCGGGAGAUGGAGCGCCUGGAGCGGGACAGAGCCCGCGUGGGGGCCCACCUGGACCGGUGCGUGAUCGCGGGGCUGUGCCUGCUGACCCUGGGGGGCGUGCUGCUGUCCACGCUGCUCAUGGUGUCCAUGUGGAAGGGGGAGCUGAUGCGCAGGAAAGCGCUGGCCUUCUCCAAACACUCCGCCCACCUGUACGGCUCCAUGAGCCUGAGGGCGGCAUCCAGCUCCACCCUGGAGUCCUGCGCGCAGCUCCCGGCGGCGGAGGACGACUUGGAAGCCUUCAGCUGAAGUUAUGACCGGGAAGUGUGAAUUAAUCUGAAUUACGGCGCCUUUAAGGCCACGGCUCGGAAAAGUAUUCACCUCCAUGAGCUUCUCCUGCGUUCUGACCACUGAUGGUUUCAUGAGACAGGCCGACACAAAAUAACAGAAAACUGUGAAUGGAAAGAAAAAAAUAUUGUUUUUAAAGUUUGGUUUAUAUUUGUAUUUGUCCCACUUUACUCUGGUACCCCUAAAUAAAGUCAGUAACCGUUGAGUCUAAAUGUAGAGGUUCUGUUUCUGGCCUCAGAGGUUCUUCAGAGAACAUUAGAGAACAUCUCAGAGCUCUGAUCAUCGUGUGGACCUGGGGAGAGGAGAACUCUGGAGGAGCUGCAGAGAGCAGCAGCUCAGGUGGAUGAAUCUGUCCACAGGACAACUUUUAGAUGGAUGGAGCUGAAGACCUGAGGAGUGGAGGUUCACCUUCCAGGAGGACAACCACCAACAAGCAGCCUGAGAUAUUAUGGGAUGGUUUAGGUCAACAGAUGCCUGGAUUAGGAAUGGCCUAGUCAAAGUCCAGACCUGAGGAUGUGGCAAGAAAACUGAUGUUCACAGAUGUUCUCCAUCCAAGGUUAGGGUUAGUCUGUAGAAGUUCAAAGCUGGAGAUAAACCCCAAAAAGACCCUCAGCUGGACCUGCAGCCAGAGGAGGUUCUACAGAGUUCUGACCCGGGAGCAGAGAUCACACUUUUAGAUCUUUUAAAGAAAUGCUGAGAACCAGGCCGGACCUCCCUGCAGUUUCUGCUCUGUGUUGCUCUGUCACAUUCAAAACCUCCGAGGUUUCCUGCUGUGGAGAAGUUUAAGGGGUGUGAAUACUUCUGAGAGGUUCUGGACCUGCGGGCGCAGAGCCUCCAGCAGCUCAUCCCGUCUGCCAGGAGAGGUUCUGGUGUUCUGGGUUUGGGUUUGGGUUGAAAACGGAACGUUUCUCUGUCGUGACGUGGAUGUAGAGGCUGGUCUCAGACUGAAGCCAAUUAAAAAUCUGCUUGUUUGACAAGAAAAACUCUGUAACCGAUCCUCCAGUUUAAAAACUAAUCGUGUUUCUGGUGCCCAGAGGCAGGACUACAUUAAAUUAUAGCGGCCGUUAUUGGAUCUGGUCCCGUUUCCAGCAUCAGCCCACAGGAGGAACUCUGCUGAAAUAAAGCCGAUCCCUUUCUAUGUUCAGCUUUCUGUGUGGCUUCUUUUCCGUAAAUCUGAGCUCCCCAGAUUAACGCUGCUGAUGUGAACCCAAAAGAGACUCAGGCUGUUCCUGCAGUUCAUUUUCAUUCCAGCGUUUAAAGAGGACUUUAAACACAUUUUACCCUCGGUCGGGUUUUUAUGCAGACAGUGAGAGAAUGGCGCUGUGGAAACGGGUCAAACGGUCGGUUUCACACAACAUAAUCAUCCCUGCAGAAUUAUGAUGAUAAAUGUGUGAAUUGUUUUAUUUGGCAAGUUAAAAUUCAAACAUCAUGGUGUUUUAUUGUUUUAUCCACCUAAAUUAAGCCCAAAUGGAGAAGCAGUGACAGGAAGUUUAACAUCUCAGCAGCUUCAGCCUAAGAUCAGAGCAGGAAGCUCAGAGAAAUGAGCAGAAAGCAGGAGCUCCACCUUAGAGUCUGCAGGCCUCAGCAGGUUAAAGGUUAAAGUCUGAAUACCCUUAACGAGCUCCUAGCUCCUCCUCCCUGACCUUUCAUUAUAGAUGCACCAAUCCAGUUUUUCUGAUUCGAUCCGAUACCUGGGCUCA